ACAAUCCUCCUGGGAUACUCAUAGCACUCACAGCAGUGUGUUGAAGACUCUGAAGAGAGAGAGAGAGAGAGAAAGAGCAAGAGAAGUAGAGAAAAGGUGAGGAACUGCAGACAUGACUCACACAUCAUCACCCAUAAGAGUUGGUAUUGUGGGAUAUGGGCAUUUAGGUCAGUUCUUGGUGGAUCACAUCCAAAGGGAGGGGCUUGGGGUGGGCUUUGGCUUGGCCUUUGUUUGGAACAGAAAUGCAGACAAACUCAGUGAUUCUGUCCCAAAGGAUCUGAUUCUGACCAACCUGUCAGAAUUUACACACAAAAAGGCUGACCUGAUUGUGGAGGUCUGUCAUCCACAGAUAGUGAAAGAGUUUGGGGUUCAUUUCUUAGCACAUGCCAACCUUCUGGUGGGCAGUCCCUCGGCUCUGUCGGAUUCCCAGCUGAAUCAGGAGCUGCGGUGUAGUGCACAGAAACACGGGAACACGCUCUAUGUGCCCAGCGGUGCAUUAUGGGGGGGACAAGACAUCCAGAGACUGAAUGACAGUGGAUCAUUAAAAGCUCUCUCCAUUCGUAUGUCCAAGCACCCGUCCUGUUUUCGCCUGACUGGAGGCUUGCUCUCUGAUUGGUCAGAAGACGAAGGGAGACGGGUCUUGUUUCAUGGCUCAGUGGCAGAACUGUGCCCCAUCGCCCCCAACAAUGUGAACACCAUGGCUGCUGCUGCCAUUGCUGCUACCACCCUGGGUUUUAAUGGAGUCACUGGAGAGAUUGUAUCAGAUACAGCUCUGGCUGAUUACCACCUAGUGGAGGUUGAGGUAACCGGCCCUGAUGGUUUCUCAGUGACAACUGUGAGACGCAACCCAGCCAAGAUAGGAGCUGUUACUGGCAGCGCCACCUACAAUUCAUUCUGGAGCAGCUUACUAGUCUGCAAAGGCCAUGGAGGAAGAGUCUAUCUGUGCUGAAGAACCACCUCCACCGAUAUUCUUGAUUCCUGUCCACAAACGUGUUCCUGUGUUAGAGACUAUUGAACAUUGAAAAAGCACUGAAAUAGAGAGAGACAAGUCAUGGUAUUAAAUUAUACAGUCUUUAUUUUCUGUUCCACUGCUGUGACACAAACUCAUAUCAUCAUGUGUUUAUGUGUACAUUACAGUACAUAAACUGCUCUUGCACAUUA